AUGAGGAACAUAUUGAUAUUAUUGAUUGUCUUAUUAAUAAUCGUAAAUGUAGAGUCGUUUGGUUGGGGAUACUCAUAUUAUGGUGGACAAUCACAAGAUUUUGGAGAUUUCCCAGCGUUUAAUCCAGGGUCAGCGAUCGCUGGUGCUGUACUGGGCAAGAAGAAAUAA